AUGUCUGUAUAUAGUGGUUUUAGUACUCGUGCUCUUGAAAGUGAAUACAAUUAAUGCAUCUUAUAAUUAAUAACAAUCUUGGCUAAGAGAUGUGCUUUAGCCUUAUAGAUUUAAUAAUUGUAAGAUGAUACAAAAUUUACAGGGAACUUUGGAAAGUUAUAUGGUUAAAUAAAGAAAUUAGAAGAAUGUAAAUAUGCGCCUCCAAAAUAUUCAGUUGUAUUAAAGGAACUUAGUGAAUAAAUAGGAAUCACUUAAUUAAAGUAAAUCUUGAUUCCUAAAUAAUGCAAAAGAAAAUUGACAAUAUAAUGUGCAAAUAAUUAACAAUAACAAAAUUAGUAAAAUAUCACACCUUGCAAAAGAUAGACUAAAACAAGUUAUCUUAGAACAAAUAGAUUAAAAACAGAAGAUUCUGCAUAUAGUAAAGCAAUAGAAAAGAGUUUAAGGUAUAGAGAAUUAGAAUUUUUAUGUUAAUUUGAUUGA